AUGCCACCUCGGCGGUCGCGCGCAGCCGCCGCUGCCUCAACUCCCAUCAGAACGCCUACACCCGUUGUCGCUGAGUCUGACGCAGACGCGCAGGAGUCGCAAGAUGAGACGCCCGCCGAGCAGGACGUGGAAGACGAUGCUGCCACGCCCGCGCAGGAGCCAGAUGACGAGGCCGAGGCCGAGGCAGAGCCUGAGCCUCCCUCAGAACGUUCAUCGCCCGUAGUCCAGCAGUUUCCGCGCAAGCGCCGCCUGGGACGGCCACCCAAGAACCGCCCGCCAGACUGGGACAAUGCCGAUUCCAACAAUGACAACGAUUCGCAAAGGGGCACGCCGGCCAAACGCCGCCGCGGUCGCCCAUCCACGGGUGGCUUCAGAGGACGACCCAGAGGAGGCCCGUCGCACGUUACGCGCGUUCCCAUUGACAAAGAGGGGAACCUCAUGGACGUGGUUGACGAUGAGGUCGCACUGCCCGAGGACCCCGAGGGAGAACAGAAGGUCGACAAGCUGGGCAACUUGAAGGGCGGCAGAGACUAUCGCGUGCGUGUCUUCACCAUCACCGGCCGCGGAGAGAGACUGUACAUGCUGUCCACCGAGCCGGCAAGAUGCUGCGGCUUUAGGGACAGCUAUCUGUUUUUCACCAAGCAUAUGCAAUUGUACAAGAUUAUCGUCAACGAGGACGAGAAGCGCGACUUGAUCGAGCGCGAGAUCAUUCCGCACUCGUACAAGGGCCGUGCAAUCGGUGUCGUCACUGCCCGCUCGGUCUUCAGAGAGUUUGGAGCACGAAUCAUCAUUGGCGGAAGGCGAGUCAUAGAUGACUACUAUGUGAAGGCAGCGCGAGAGAGGGGUGAUGUUGAGGGAGAAAUUGCGGAUCCGAACGACAGGCUGCCCCCGCCCGGUGAGCCGUACAACAAGAACCAGUAUGUCGCCUGGCAUGGUGCUAGUGCUGUCUAUCAUACAGGCGGCCCAAGCGUCCCAAUGCCCAAUGGCAAAGUUGUUCCAGGAAAGCGAAGGAUCAAUAUCACGUCUGCCAACUGGCAGUUCGAGCAUGCACGGGCUGCGAGUCGCUUCAAUUCGGCCCUUGUGGCUGCUCGACGCACUAACGUCGAGGGCAUAUACGACCCCCACACGAACCAGAUGCACUAUCCUAAGAUUAUGCAACCGACUCAUGCCCGCUGGGAAGAGGUUUCCGUCACAGAGGACGAUGUCGAAGACGAGGCGGCGCUGACACAGAAGCGACUCACGAAUGGUACCUCAAGUCUUACCAACGGCACUUACACCAACGGCGCCACCAACGGAUCUGCAACUACGAAAAGAUCCGGAAAGGCCGUUUUCGAGCCGGUCCCUAGCGUUGUUGCACGCAAUUUCCUUAUCGUCGACACUUAUUUCGAAUCUGCACCAAUCACUGGCGCCGGUGUGCCAGGUCCUGACGGCGAUUUCCACGAUGUAGGCGUAAACGGACUUCCAAACGUCAACGACGAGAUUCUUGCCGAAUUGCCUCCCGAAUGCCGGAAAGCACUCGAAGAGGCAAAGGAGAAGGAGCAAGAAUGGAAGAGUAGUUGGCAUGGCGAGACUAUCGAUGGCUGCAGAAAAGAACUUAAGAUUGGCUUCACUGGCGUGCCGGUCUGA